CCCUCGCGACGGGGGCCAUGGAGGCGGCCGGCACCGCCGCGGCGCCGGCGGCGGAGGCGCCGCCGAAGCCCGUGACGCCCGAGGAGGAGGCGCUGCGGCGCAACACCGACUGCGUCUACUUCCUCGCCUCGCCCGCCACCUGCAAGAAGGGGAAUGAAUGUGAUUUUCGUCACAGCGAGGGUGCCCGGAUGAACCCUAGAGACUGUUGGUACUGGUUAAAUGGCAAUUGCUUGAAUCCAAAAUGUUCAUUUCGUCAUCCGCCAAUUGAUGGUAUGUUUGGUGCUCCAACUCCUGGAAUACCUGCAGCUUCUUCAAACUAUGCUGCUUAUAACUCGGGCAAGCAGAUGGUCCCAUGCUAUUACUUUCAGAAAGGGAACUGCAUAAAAGGUGACAAAUGCCCUUUUUACCAUCCACAGUCCGCUGGCAGUAAUCCACCAGAGCAGGUGGUGAAGGCUUCUUCCUUUCCUUUGGAGCAGCCUCAGACCCAAAAGAAGGAUUUUUUGGGUAUUAAGGAGUUUGCGCAGAAUAAACAUAUAAUAACUCAGCAAGGUGGCCCAGUAAUCGAUGGCAGCUCCAAAAUAACAGUUAAUAGGCCUACAGCAAAUUCUGCAAAGACAGCUACAGCUGCAAUACAAGCUGAACUAGCUUCCAAUGUAGUGAAGUCUGUGCCAAUGUCAGAGAGGGUACAAAACAGCAUGCCAGCAGCGAAUAAAAGUUUCAGAACCUCUUCAGAAGAGGAGUUAUAUCAGAACAGUCUUCCUUUGGAAAGUGAUCUUGCACAAGAAUGGAAUCAAAGGUACAAAACACCUCCUCAAGAUGACCUGUCAGAGAACAGUGGAGAUGCAGAUGAUGAGGAUUUUGACGUUCUUGUGCACAAUGAUGCCGAUGGUGCUGCUUAUGAUGGUGAAGAUUUUGGAAGGGAUAUAUAUCAAGUAGAAGAUUAUGAAUAUGCUCCGGCUGAUUUUGAAAUGCCGCUGCAUCAUGAAAGGGAGCUAUUCAAUGGAAUGGGUGAGCAAGGAAUGGUUGGGCAAAUGUAUGAUGGCUAUGAGAGGAAGCGCCAUAGAACAUCAUCUGAGAGGAACAUGGACAGGCCUUCCCAUUCAGAAAGAAGGCCUCGACACAGAGAGACUGGUCCUGUUGAGAUAGAUGGAUCAGAUUUACGUCACCGGCUCCGCCGGAGAAAAAUAAACGGGUCUUCAGUCGUUAGUCCAGAACGCAGUGGAGAGCAGCGCCGGAGGGAUGAACACUACAGGGAAAGGGCAUUCGAUGGUCACCAUACACACAGAGAUCGCCAUCAGGGCUCUCGAGGAAGCACUCUAAGCUCCCGUCUGCAAGGCAGAAUAAAGCUUCCUGGAAGGUCACCUGAUAGACUUGAUACUCGCGCUGAGACUGAGCGAGAUAGAAGACAACUCCGGGACAGACUGUCUCCAGUUAGGCAUCAUAUGGAUAUUCAGGGUGGCAGGCAUCGCGAACUGCACCAUCAGGAGAGGACCCGGCGGAGAUCAAGCGAACGGAGAUCAAGCGAACGAAGAUCAAGCGAACGUGCUUCAAGUGGCAGGAAUGCAGAAGGCCAGCAUUUGAGAAGGAAUGUAACAGAUUCACUCAACUUUGCCACCCGCAGAGACUUUGGUCCAGAGUCUAGGAAGGCAAACGGAAGCGUUGAGCCUGGAGCAUCUCUUGAUUUCGAAGGCCCAAAGCCUCUCAGCCUCAUCUUACAGAGGAAAAGGCAGGCUGCAGUCAGCAAUGGUUCGUCUGCCCACAAUGUCAAAGAAGAUAAAUCUGCUCUGGUCUCUCACGGGCAGUCUGAACCUUCUGUUGAAGCUGAGAAGGAAGGCUAUGAGAACAUUGCCAGCUCUGAAGAAUACAAGAGCAGAUCAGGCGAUGAAGAAUAUAAAGAGGAAGGACAUAUCCCUGUGGAUGGCCAUGGGCAAUCUUCCUCCCACAGUGACAAACCUGAGGCUGAAGAUAUUAUUGAAGUGGAUCUGGCAGGAACUCAAGAGGCUGACAACUAUGAGCAGAGGGAGGGGGAGUCCGACUACGAGGCAACCGAAGGCCAUGAAUACAAAUUUGAAGAUGAGAAUGCAUAUCCAGAAGACGAUGAGGAAUUUGAAGAUGACGACGACGAUGACUUUGCCCAUAAAGUAGGGGUCGUCUUCUCUUGAGCCUCUGGUCCUUUUCUUGGUUAUGUCGCUUCAAGUUCAAGGCCAAGCUGAAAUGCUCGGUUUCAUAGUUGAUUCUCUUGGAUAAAAUUCUGUGGCGCUCCAUGUUUCUUUGUCAGUCCAUAGAGUGCCAAAAAGCCUGCUCUUUCCAAUGGCUGAUAACUGAUAAGUAAUAUAUAGGUCAGGUAUUAAGUGAGGUAGAUUUCAUAAACGAGAAAGCCUUUACGUGUAAAAACAGCUGCACUUUGUCCAGCAUUUCUGAUGAUCUAUCCUGGAACUCAUGUAUUGUAUUAGCUUCAUUACUAACAUCAAAGAUGAUUUCAUUGA